AUGUCUUUAAAUAAUUUGCAAAAUAAAUUGAAGAUUCAGACAAAACUAUGUAUAACUCGUCUUCGUUUGAUAGAGCAAAAGAUAAUGGCUAUUCAUAAGUCACAGGAAAAAGAACUGGCUAUUUUAUUAGGAAAAGACAUGAAACAAAAUUUAAUGAUAAAGGCGGAAAAUAUGAUUAGAGAAAAUAUGAAAAUAGAAUUGUUGGGGAUUUUGAAUUUAUAUUGUGAAGUAUUACUUUCGCGUUUUCAUCUUUUGAAAAAAGGUUAUUGUCAUGAACAAAUUGAACAGGCUGUUUGUACAUUGAUUUAUGCUACACCGAGAUGUGAUGUUAAAGAGCUUCAUAAUAUGAAUGGAAUUUUUAGGUUAUAUUUUGGAAAGGAAUUUAUACAGGAUUCUGUGGAAAAUAAACAUGGAAAAGUUGAUCCUAAGGUUGCGGAAAAACUUUCUAAUAAAUCAGUAAAUAAUGAUCUUAUUGAAAGUUAUCUUGAAGAAAUUGCGCGUUUUUAUAAUAUUAAACAAGAUUGUAAUCUAAAUGCUUCUAAAAUGAUAGAUGACACUGCUUUGUAUAAUAAAGAAUUAGAAGAUUUGCUAAAAAAUAAUAAUUCUUCGAAAUUUGUAGUGUCUUCUUUAUCUUCGCCUGAUGAUUCAGAAUCUCAAUUAAAAUUAUCAUUAAUAUAUUCACAAAAUAAUUAUAAUAGGGGUAAUUCCGAUUUUAUUAAUUUUUCUGAAAUAUCAAAAGAAAUGUCGCAAAAUAUGUCUAAUGUUUCAAACAUAGAUCAACUUCGAGAAAGAUUUGAAAGGCUUAAACAAAUUUAA